AUGUAUGGUUUACUGUUGGAAGGAUUACGUAACUUUAUUGUCACUAAAUGGUCUUCGGAACUAUGGAUGGAAAUAUGUAAACAUACUGACUUGUCUGAUACACAAUUCGAAACACGAAAAAUUUAUAGUGAAACUUUACUGCCAAAAUUGUUUGAGAUAAGCGCAAGUAUACUGAAUGAACCCAUAGAUGAUAUCAAGUUUGGCAUGGGUGUAACAUUUGUUGAAUAUGUUGGCGGUAAAGGAUAUCAUGGGAUAUUAAGAGUACUUGGUCGUGAGCUACGUGAUUUUCUGAAUGGUUUAGAUAACUUACAUGAAUUUCUACGAUCAAGUUACCCAAAAAUCAAACCACCGUCUUUUUUUUGUGUGAAUGAGAGUAAGACAGGCAUCACACUACAGUAUCGUUCACAUCGUGCUGGCUUUGUACCAUUUUUCUGUGGAUGGAUGACAGAACUAUCCAGAGUUUUAUAUCAAAAAGAAAUGAAUAUUGAAAUUGUUGGACACAAAGACCGUGGUCAGCAGGUUGAGACAAUUCUACGAUUACACUUUCAAAAUCUGUCAUUUUCAAAUGUAGAAGAAGAACUUCCAGUUCCAGCUAUUGUCUUUUUUGAAGCUUUUCCCUUCAACUUUGUAUUCAAUCGUGGUAUGAAACUUCUCAAUAUAGGCAGAAGCAUGGCGAAUGCUUUACCGAAUAUUAUUGGUAGAGUUGUAUCAGAUAUAUUUCACUUAUCCAGACCUGUGAUACCUUUUACGUGGGAUGAUGUUAUGCUGCAUACGAACAUCAUAUUUGAGCUAACAAGCAUAGACCCAGACAAGGGUAUAAAUGGUGAGCGAACUGAUGGGUCAGAGGAAACAGAUUCUAAUCUAGGCAAGCUAAAACUUCGAGGUCAAAUGAAAUACAUGUUUGAAUGGGAUGCAAUAGUGUUUCUUGGAACACCAAUAAUGCGCGAUGUGGAUUCUAUGUUGGAAAUAGGUUUGUAUCUAAACGAUUUAAGCAUGCAUGAUUCUAGUCGUGAUAUGGUGUUGGCAGGUGAGCAACAAUCUGCUGAAUUGAAAUUGGCAUUGGAACAAGAAAGCGAGAAAAGUAAGCGAUUGGAAGAAAGUUUGAGACGGUUAGAUGAAGAAAUGAGGAGAACAGAUGAGUUAUUGUAUCAAAUGAUUCCUCGAUCUGUAGCUCAAAGACUUAGAGCUGGUGAAGCUGCUGUGGAUACAUGUGAAGUUGAGACAAUUGGUGACGCUUACAUGAUAGCGUCAGGGUGUCCAACACGUACAAAUUACCAUGGUCCAUUCAUCGCUGAAAUGGCCCUUGAUAUGGUUGAAUCUGUUCAGAAUGUUAAGGAUGAAUCUAAAGAUCCACCAGAAGGCCUACGUAUUCGUGUAGGUCUUCAUACUGGUCCAGCUGUUGCUGGUGUCGUUGGUGUAAAAAUGCCACGCUACUGUUUAUUUGGUAGUACAGUCACAACAUCUGAAAUAAUGGAACAGACAAGUUCACCUCAAAGAAUACAGGCCAGUAUUAAAACUUAUGAAGCUCUCUCACCAUAUGGUGUUUACGAUCUAGCAGAAAAAGGAGUAGUUGAAUUAAAGGAUGGCGGUACAAUAUUAACUUACUGGUUAAAUGGAAGACGUGAUCCUUCAGACUGUGAAAAAACGGCCAAAUUUUUAAAGGAACUAGAUGUUGAACGAGAAAAAAUAGCUGAUUCUAAUUUGGCAUCUUCACAGCAACGCACUGGUGAAAGUUGGGAGUCAGUAACAGCUAGCCGUUGUAGUUCAGCUAGAACAUUAGCUUCAAAACGAAGUUCAUUCUCUUUAUCACAACGUGGAAGUCUAGCGGAUCCAGGUCUUGAUACGAAAGCAAUGGCAAGAAUUAGAAGUUUAGCACAUGGUAGUGAAAAUAAUAAGCGACCUAGUAUUGCAAGGUAG